UUAUAAGUAUAAAUUGAGAUAGUAUUAUUGCCAGGUCUUGUAAUGCUCAGUAGUUCUCUAGGGGCACAGAUCGGUGUAACGACUACUUCGAGUAGGGACAAGUCUGUCUAAUUUGUUCUCACGCAAAUUUUACUACACAAUAAACCACAUGCCACCCAGAGCGACUAAAUCAUUUUUUUGAUGAACAAUAUCUUGAUAAAUACAACAAUCGUAUAGCGUCGCCAUGGCUGAUUACAAAAAGCUUAUCAAAAAUAAAUACCAUUUGAACCACAAAUCUAUGAAUGGACUGCUAUUACUUAUAUACAUAAUGGUUCUAAUGUUAGUACAACAUAGUACUGCGCAGGAAACGGGGUCAAGCAAUACCAGUUGCAAGGAUACAUUAACAUGCACCAAAUGUACAAUCAAAGCUCAGUGUGUAUGGUCAUUAGAUCAACAGGCGUGUGUAAGCAACACUAGUUUAAAGAAUUCAAGUUUGAUAGUCCACAGUGAAGAGAAAUGUCCACGGUUUUUGGUAUCAAGUAAACGUGAAUAUAAUAAUGAAUUUAGUUUUUUGAAAUACACUGUUAAGAUAUUGAACGAUUCAGUAGGUUUCAUUGAUUUUCUUAACAAAAAUAAUUUUACUUGCAAUUCUUCAUCGAUAGAUGUUCAUACUGAGAUAAAUAACAACGAAAUAGUAUGUUCAACACAAGUUAAGAAAUCAUACUUCACAGAUAACAAGAAGAAGUCAUUUACUGCAUUUAUUUAUGUUAAGUUUAAUGGUGUAAUACUGUGGUUGGACAACAUUUCUGAUCAUUAUGCAACAAUUUAUGAACGCCCGUGUGUCGAGAACGUUAAGGACGCAGAUUGUGCGACUUGCACGUGGAAUGAUGAUGGUUUCUCACACUACGUUAGAUUGUGUUCAGCCGAAAACACCUGUGAGGGUCACAACGAGUUGUAUAUGAUGCACAACGGUAUUGGUCAAUUCUGGAAUUUUACUUCCCAAAAAGUCAAGGGUAGAUGUGCAGAAAUAAACGUGACAUCCGUCGUUCCUCUAUCUGGGUCACUAACCGCUGACACGGAAAUAAAGAUCACAGUGAAGAACCACUAUAUAUUUUCGAAGAACCAACACUCAAAUGUAACAGUGGCGGGAAAGGUUUGUAAGCAAAUCUGGUGGACAGGAACCGAUACGAUCACUUGCAUCAUGUCACCACCGCCCGACGAUACAUAUGAUGAACCACCGUCCGGUCCGGUCUCAGUUAUGUACAAAUCAGAUAAAGGUGAGUUGAAUGUCGAGUCAUCGCAAACAUUCCAGUUUGACGUCGGUACUACGUGUGGCAAACCUCGUCCAAAGCUUGUCUCCACGCAAGAAUUGUAUGGCAUAGAGCGGGGUGACACUAACGUGACGUUGAACGGCUUUCGGUUCUUCAAACCUUGCAUUGCAUCCCAGGCCCGAAUGUUCGUCAAGCUGCCGAACGGUACCAUGCAGUUCGCGUCCAAUAAUUGCGAUACACCGACCAAUGACAAUUACAUGGUCUGUCGAACACCAAAAUUGAACAUUACCAACGAUUUCUUCGGAAAUGCGACUAAUAUUACACAGGCGUUGAACUUCGGACUGGAAGUGAUGAACUUUGUUGGGAAUAAUUCACUGAUCGUGAAUGGUUCAUUGACCAGCUAUUACCAUAUCUUGGACGGUUAUCACGGCUAUCAGCUAGAGGGAUUCGAAUUGAAACCAAAUGAUUUGGUGGUUGUCUACGGUAACCACUUGCAGCACAUGCACAAUGACAUCCUGAUACAAUUCCAAGAGUCAAAAGUUAUGAAAUGCAAUGUCACCAUAGCCGAAGAACAUAGUUUUCAGUGCAAGCUAAACGCAUCCGUCAGCUCUUCAAAUGUGAUGUUUGUCAAUAUUGCCGGUUUGUUGACGAUCAAAGUUAACAGACGCCUUGGCAAUAUAACUAAUUUGAUCUGGCUUAUCGUGAUGCUGUUGACGGCGAUUGUUUCAGCCUUAGCUUGUAUGUAUCUGUUUAAUAGAUGGUCUGACGCAAAUAAAACAGUACAUAACCAUCAUCCUUUGAAUUUGGUAGACCUGGACACACAGACAGCGCUAUUAUAGUGUUAAUUAUUGUUAAUUAUAAUUUAUUUAAAAAUAAAAUUAAUACUGGUAAGAUAAUAGCAAUUAGAUUAACUAUUACCUACCUAGUUUAUUUUAUAUUUUGUUAGUUUUUUCUGUUCUACUAUUAGUAUCAUAUAUUUUGUAUCAUCCACUGUUCGAAAUACUUCAUAAGUUAAUGUGUAUUUAUUAUUUAUCUGUUGCAAUAUAACAACAUUUUGAACAUUUUAUCUUCAACACAACAAACAUAUCAUCAUGGUGACCCAAAAUAAACAUUUUUUCCCCCUAGA